CUUAAAAGAGUUCACGGUUUUGUAAACAAUUCACUGGUGGCUGACAUUGACAAUGCCCAGCAAAAAAGUAGAAGGGUGUAUAUAUCAGUUCCGAAACUGUCAUAUAUUGUCAAAUCACAAGCUUAUACGAGAAGAUCUGUGGGUUCGCAAUGGGAAAAUCUUGAAUCCUGAGAAGUUGUUCUUCGAUGAGAAGGCCUAUGCUGAUAAGCAAAUUGACUGUCAAGACAACAUAAUAGCUCCAGGAUACAUUGAUGUUCAAAUAAAUGGUGCAUUUGGGGUUGAUUUUUCUGACACUGAUGACAUUGUUGGCGAUGUCAGCAAGGUAGCGAAGGGCCUUCUGGAGUUUGGGGUGACUUCGUUCUGCCCAACAGUUAUAACCAGCCCUCCAGAAAUGUAUCAGAAGAUAGUGCAAUAUGCAAAGAAAACUGAAGGGAGCCUAAAGGGUGCAGGAGUUUUAGGUUUACAUCUUGAGGGUCCAUUCAUCAACACGGCAAAGAAAGGGGCCCACAAUGCAGAAUUAAUCAGGGACUUUAAGAAUGGUUUCCAGGAUGUGGUCGCUAUGUAUGGGGACAAACUGGAAGGUGUUGCCAUGGUAACACUGGCCCCUGAGCUGGAAAGAUCCUCCGAGGUGAUUCAGGAGUUCUGUAGGCGAGGCAUUAAGGUUUCUAUAGGGCACAGUACAGCAGACCUGGUUACUGGGGAGACGGCCAUUAAGCAGGGGGCUUGCAUGGUCACACACCUCUUCAAUGCCAUGGUCUCUUUCCACCACCGUGAUCCCCACCUGAUAGGGAUCUUGACAAGUAACCAGCUGCCGACAGAUCGAACUCUGUUCUACGGCCUUAUAGCAGACGGCAUUCACACACACCCGUCUGCUCUCAGAAUAGCACAUCGUGUUCAUCCCUCAGGGCUGGUUCUAGUGACGGAUGCUAUAAUAGCUAUGGGCUUGCCAGAGGGCAAAUACAAGUUUGGCAACCAGAAUAUUGAGAUACAUGGCAAGACAGCCACCAUAGCUGGCACCAACAUUCUCAGUGGGAGUAUUGCAAAACUGGACUACUGCGUGAGAAACUUGCUAAAAAAUACAGAGUGUGGAAUUGAGCUGGCCCUGGAGUGUGCAUCCCUCCAUCCAGCUCAGGCCCUCGGGAUCACGGACAGGAAGGGCACCCUCGAUUACGGCACUGACGCAGACUUUAUCAUCCUUGACCCCAACCUUAAUGUGCUGGCCACAUACAUAGCCGGGGAGAAGGUCUGGGAGGGGAAAACAAUGAAAGGACAAUUGCAAUGACAUUGAAAAAUCUCCCCUUGGUGCUACAUUGUAUUCCUGUUAAUGUUUAAUUCCAGUCACGUGUUAUUCCAGACAUUUGUUUCUUUUGAUUGAAAUUGUGGGAGUGGGUUUCUUUACUGUAGUUGAAGCUGAUGAAGUUAUCAUGACAUGGUUUAAUAGUUGUGUCAUAAAGAUGCUUAUGUGCAAUGCUUACUCUAUUGUUUUAAAAUAAUUAUAUGUUUGUAUAUUUUGUAUUUACUUUAAUAUUCCUAUAUAGACAUUAAGUCCAUAAGUUUUAACGCACCCUAUGUAUAAGUACAUGAGUUUUGGAUGCCUGUUGACUCCAUUUUAUUACACCAUAAUUCUAAAGUGUUUGAUGUAUAUUGAAAAAUUAUGUAAAAUGUAUACCGAAAGAAAUAUUACAAAUAAGCUUUCAUUGUGUGAAAGACUGCAAAAUAAGUUAAUUAACAUAUUAAUUUUCAGCAUUCAUUAUACUUUGAUUCAUCUCAAAUAAUACCAAAAUUAUAUGCCGGAUUACCAUGCAAUCAAAUUUAACACUAUUGUCAACAGUUUGAUAAAAUGACAUGCAUAAUUGUACAUAUGAUACAUUAAAACAACUUUUUAUUUAAUUUUAAAUAUUGAUAUUACACUUUCUCUUCAACCCUUACCUCUUCUAUGCAGAUCUACUAUAUUAUAUUUUGAGUUACUAAUUGAUGUUUAAAAACAUUUGAAUGUGUAAGAACAGUCUUGUGCUGUAUUGUGAUUUUUAUGUGAUUUACAUUCUUUAGCCCAUUAGCUAGUUUUGAUGUAAUUUUAUAUAAAAUGCUGAUCAAAUAUGUGUACUCUUAAGCUUAAAGGUUAAAAUAAAAUUAAGGAUACACCAC